ACCUGGUGAGCCUCCAUUGAUAAAAGGCUGGCUUCCUUACCUUGGAGAGGCCCUGAACUUCCAAAAGAAUCCUUUAGGUUUCAUGAAAACACUUCAAAAGCAACAUGGUGACAUUUUCACUGUUCUCCUUGGGGGCAUUUCUAUAUCUAAUGGCUCAAAUCGUUGUCCUGAAUUCCCAUGGAUGUGUCUCUGGAUAGCACCAAAUACCUGAAAUGAAAACAUCAAAAUUCAAUUUAUAACGAUCCAGAUGUCAGACGUUUUGUGUACAAGACAACUGGGAAAGUAUAUAACAUUUAUCCUGGACCCUUUUCAGUACCAGUCAGUGAUAAAAAACCGCAAAUUAAGCUUUCGAAUAUUUAGUAAUAAAGUCUUAAGGAAAGCAUUUUCCAUCAAAAAGCUGGAAACCAAUGAUGACCUGAACGAUGAACUUCACAUCUGCUAUCAACUUUUACAAGGGAAAUCUUUGGACAUACUCACAGAAAACAUGAUGCAGAAUUUAAGACAAGUGCUUGAAUUCCACCUACUAAAAGCCACAGAUUGGGUCAUGACACCGCUGUUGGCAUUCUGCAACUCAGUGAUGUUUGAGAUCACAUUUACAACCAUAUAUGGAAAAAGUCUUGCUGGUAGUACGAAGAAAUUUACUACUGAGCUAAGAGAUGAUUAUUUAAAAUUUGAUGACAAAUUCCCGUAUUUAGUAUCAGACAUACCCAUAGAGCUUCUAGGAAAUGUCAAGUCUAUUAGAAAUAAACUUAUAAAAAACUUGACAUCAGAGCACUUAGCUAAGAUACAAGGAUGGUCACAAGUUGUUCAAAUGAGGCAAGAUAUCCUGGAGAAACACUAUAUGCUCGAGGACCUUGAAAUAGGAGCACAUCAUUUAGGCUUUCUCUGGGCCUCUGUGACAAACACUAUUCCAACUAUGUUCUGGGCGAUGUAUUACCUCCUACAGCACCCAAAAGCUAUGGCAGUGCUGCGUGACGAAAUUGACCAUUUGCUGCAGUCAACAGGUCAAAAGAAAGGGUCUGGAUUUCCCAUCCACCUCACCAGAGAACAAUUGGACAGCCUGGUCUACCUAGAAAGCACCAUUCUCGAGGUUUUACGACUAUGCUCAUUCUCAAGCAUCUUCCGUUUUGUUCAAGACGAUUUGACUAUACAUUCAGAGCCGCAGGACUACUGUCUGCGAAAGGGGGACUUGGUCGCCAUCUUUCCUCCAGCCUUACACUAUGACCCGGAAAUCUUUGAAGCUCCAGAGGAGUUCAGAUUUAACCGUUUUGUAGAAGAUGGUAAGAAGAAAACCACCUUUUUCAAAAAAGGAAAGAAACUGAAGUGUUACCUAAUGCCAUUUGGAACUGGAACCAGCAAAUGUCCAGGCCGAUUUUUGGCAAUUAUUGAAAUAAAGCAAUUGUUGGUUGUACUUUUAACUUAUUUUGAUUUAGAAAUAAUUGAUGAUAAACCUAUAGAAGCAAACUGCAGCCGUUUUCUGUUUGGUAUUCAGCAUCCAGCCUCUGAUGUUUUAUUUAGGUACAAGGUAAAAUCUUAAAGAAGCUGAAAAGAAAGAAAAGAAAUCUAUCAAAACUAACCUAAAUGUCCUUGGUUUAUCAAUUUGUUUUGAAUUUCUGCAAAUGUAGUUGCUUUGUUUGUUUGUUUGUUUGUUUAAGAAGUGUCAGUUUAUAUUUGAUCUGUGAUCAGUCCAGUCUGCACAAAACCUAUCAUAAAAUAAAAUAGAAUGUCGACAUGAAAAUGGACAUCAAAAUAAGCAUAAUGAUAAACUCAAAAUAGCUUUUUUAUGUUUUUCUACAUACUGUGAUUUUCGCCUGUCAUAGUAAAUGUACCGCAAUAAAUUUGGCACUGUGGGAUUUUUUAAGUCAUUCAUGUUCUUUUCUAAUAUGUAAAACCACACUUUAUGUACAACUGGAAAUUUGUGCUAGAAAUGGACACAGUCUAACAAAUGCAAAAUUCUCAGAGAAGAAGGAAAUUAAAUUUUCAUGAGAUAAACCGGAUGAAAAUGUUCCCUUCAAGUGUAAUAUCAAUAAUAUCUAUAGCGCCUGAGUACGUUUGCAUUAAAUGAGUUUUGCAGUAGAUUAAAUGCUUCAACUUCACUUCAAUAUUUAAUCAUCCAUAAAUGUUCUUUAUCACUUUGUAUACUAUGGCUCAAUGCAACAAAAUUUCUUGUUAUGUAAGACCACUCAUGUUAAGUUAGAUACUGAUAAGAUGUAUAAGAACACACAAAACCUAUUGCAUAUUCAGCAGUUGCCCGAGACAUUAGUAUCAGGUCUGUUGUUAGGAGCAAAUGUUGAAAUCGUUACAUGGUAGUGUUUGGUUUCACUGUAAACUGGAAGGGUUAUAUCAGCAUUGCAAUGAACUCUUUCCUAGAUACUUCCAUUUAUAUAAACUGAGAAACUCGAUAGCAGGAUUUGUUCUUGACACGUCAUCUUUUGGACUUGGAGCUUAUUUGGAUUGAUUACAUAAUGCAAUAUAAUUUUAUAUGCCAUAAGGCAGCAUUGUGUCCAUGAUUCAAAGCUUUCUCAUUUCAGGGUACCAAGUGAUUAUUGGGCAUCUGACAUAAAUGAUGAUACUGUGUGUAAUCAGGAAAAGCAGGUAAUAAAAUUCAGUUAAUUUGUAUUGCA